GAAAAUGUCGCGAGAUGUUUAGCAUCACUCGAUGCUGGACAAUCGAGCUGUCAUAAUACUCGAUAAUACUGUGCAGUUGUGAAAACAAAAGCUACUUAUGUUAGGGGUUUGUCCGGGUAGCGGUAGAGGGAUUUGUUUGAGUUUUCAUUAAUUUGCUACUACGGAAUAAUAACGUGUCCACACAGUCCAUCGUUACAUCCAAGAUUAGCAUUUUCGCUUUUGUCUACUUAUUCAACGACACCGGCCUCGUCCUUGCAGCUUCAACAACAAUGGCUGAUCCCAAAUACGCUAACUUGCCUGGAAUAGCGUCCAACGAGCCAGAUGUUUAUGAGACCAGUGACCUGCCGGAAGAUGACCAGGCACAGUUUGAGUCGGAGCUGGAGGAGUUGUGCAGCGACAGCGUGGAGAGGAUCGUGGUCAACCCCAACGCAGCCUACGACAAGUUUAAAGACAAGCGCGUCAGCACCAAAGGACUCGACUUCUCAGACCGUAUCAGUAAAAACAAGAGAGUGGGCUAUGAGUCGGGAGACUAUGAAAUUUUAGCGGAGGGCUGUGGGGUGAAGGAGACCCCUCAGCAGAAGUACCAGCGGCUGGUCAAUGAAAUCCAGGAGCUCAGUCAGGAGGUGGAAACCAUCCAGGCUACCACCAAUGACAGCAAUGCAGAGGAGCGUCUGACCCCGGUGGUUCUGGCCCAACAGGCCGCACAGCUCAAACAGCAGCUUGUCUCCGCCCACCUGGACUCUCUGCUAGGGCCACAGGCCCACAUCAACUUGGCUGACCCCGACGGAGCGCUUGCCAAGCGUCUGCUGACCCAGCUAGAGGCAGCGAGGGGCAGUAGGGGGAGCACAGGGGAGGGGAGGGCGCCGGUCGCCUCCAAAGGUCCUGAUGGAGUGGUUCUCUAUGAGCUUCACAGCCGGCCAGAGCAGGAGAAGUUCACGGACGCUGCCAAGAUGGCAGAGCUGGAGAGGCGGCUGGCUGAGCUGGAGACUGCUGUGGGCCCUGGGUCAGACAAACAGGGUCCUCUGAGUGCUGGGGUGCAAGGAGCCAGUCUCAUGGACACCAUGGAGUUGCUUCAAGCUAGGGUCAGUGCCCUGGACUCAGCCACUCUGGACCAGGUGGAGGCUAGGCUGCAGAGUGUACUUGGGAAGAUGAACGAGAUCGCCAAGCACAAGGCAGCCAUUGAAGAUGCUGAUACUCAAAACAAGGUUUCCCAGCUGUAUGACGUGGUGCAGAAGUGGGACGCCAUGGCAACCUCUCUGCCCCAGGUGGUGCAGAGGCUCAUGGCUGUCAAAGAGCUUCAUGAGCAAGCCAUGCAGUUCGGCCAGCUGCUCACCCACCUGGACACCACCCAGCAGAUGAUAAACAACUCCCUGAAGGACAACGGGACUCUGCUUUCCCAGGUGCAGACGACCAUGAAGGAGAACCUCUUGUCGGUGGAGGAAAACUUUGCCGCUCUGGACCAGAGGAUGAAGAAGCUCAACAAAUAAACAUCUUUCUUUUAUUUAAAUGUCUGUCAGGAAGGUUGGGAGAAUGGAGAACUUGGACAAAAUAUUAUUUUCCAUUCUUCUCACCCUGUCUUCAUUUUGUCCUCCAUCUCUGUCUUUUCAAAGCAGAAUGUUUGAUUUAAGUGGGGGGGGAAAUGCUGAUCAUCAAAACUGAAGACCGAAUAUUCUCUGUUCUCCCAUCCCACCCAUUUAUUUCAACCAUUGAAACAUUUUAUUUUGAAUCAUAUGCAAGGCAUUAUGCCAUCCACUACACAAACGCCAUUGAAAUAUUUUGCUCAGGCUGAAAUGCAUGACCAUUAUGCCCACAAUAUUGACACAUGCCACUUCGUUAGUUGUGUUCCCUCCAAAAGUGCGAUCAGACUGAAAUUAUUCUCCAUAAUUUCUCCAAGAUUCAUCCCUAUCCUCUCAGCCUCUUCAGCCACACUAGUCAUCCGUUUGUUGUAUGUUCCACAAAAUGAAUACAGCUUAUCUUAUUUUCUGUUCUUGGCAGAGCCAUAUGUAAAUCAUAGGCUCUAGUCUGGGGGCUUGAGAAGGGUUUAGAACAUAAACCUAGAAGGUGAGAAUAUUUGAAGAGAAACAGGCUUACAACUCAAAAAACAAACAACCAUCAAGUUGCAUCCCAAUUCUCUGUCCCUUUGCACUUGAAGAAAAGGUAUCAAUGAUGUGAAGUGUGAAAAUGCACGCUUAGGUUGCUGCAUGGAGAAUCAAGACUUGCAUCAUCAUCCAUCUAUAGUCUUAUUGGUGCAAUUCAGCAGCAGGAACCCUUACUGUAGCUGUUCAUUGGAUGCCUGAAGUACUGAAGGGAUGCUUGUAAAUAUGCCUCUGUACCUUAAAUGUUUCUUGCUCAGUUGCUUGUAACUACUGUGUUGUGACUGAGACUAAAAUGCCACAGACAAAAUGCUUUUAAUCUACUGCAUUGACUGUCAUUGUCUACAAUGGACUGUAUUGAACCUGAUCCAGUCUGUGGUGACGGAAAAUCAUCAAAAUAAAAUAUGCUUUCACUAAA